GUUAAAUAGCUGGGGUGGGAGCCAGGACCAGACUGGGGCACAGAGCAGAGUGGACGGGGUUGUGUGUGGUAGGUGAAAAAUGUGAGGCCAGGUGGAGAGCAGAUAGGGCUGAACGAGAAGCAGGUGGUGGCAGGGGGGAGAGGUGUGCAGGGCAGUGGGGUGCAGAGAGGAUGCCCGUGGCUGGAAAAUGGAUGAGGUGGUUGUAAAGCGGGGCUUGCUCUACCUCCAACAGCAGCAGACCUUCGGGAAGAAAUGGAGAAAGUUCUGGGGUGUGUUGUACCGGGAGACGGCCUGCUCUUCUACCCGCCUGGAGCUCUUCGAGGGCUCAGGCCCGCCUGCCCCCGAGAAGCUGAAGAAGGGCGAGAGCAGCAAGAAGCUCAUCAAGCUGAGCGAUUGUGUGCAUGUGGUGGAGGCCAACAGUGAUGCCAGCAGCCCCAAGGAGACCAUCCCCUUCCUUGUGGAGACCACGGAGAAGUGCUACCUGCUGGCAGCAGAGAGCAUGGAGGUGGCUGACUGGAUCAACAAGCUCUGUGAGCUGGCCUUCCCGAGGAACAGGGAUGAGCAGAUGGCAGCAGGGGGGAAGGACAGCCACCUGGGAUCCCUGCCAUCCACUGCCUGCACCCUGUCCAUGGAGGAGAACUCACUGUACAGCUCCAGAGCCAAAGCAGCAGGUGCCACAAGGGAGUUCAGUGUGAUCAUACGGGCCACCGAGUCCUCAGAGCGCUGCAACCUCUGGGGCAGUUUCCUCCUGAGGGCCACGGAUGAUGCCCUGGAGCUGCAGGAUGAUGAGACGGGGAGUGUCCUCUACACCUGGCCGUACAAGCUCCUGCGGAGAUUCGGGCGGGAUAAGGUGACAUUCUCCUUUGAAGCCGGACGGAGGUGUGCAUCCGGGGAAGGCAACUUCGAAUUUGAGACCAGGCAGGGCAAUGAGAUCUUCCAGGUCAUUGAGUUAGCCAUCGAUGCACAGAAGGCCUAUGGGAUGGAUGACUUGCAAGGGCCCGGCCCCCCUGAAGACACCUCAUGGGCUCCCAUCCGCACCCUGAGCCGGACCAAGAAUAGUGAGGAGAGGGCUGCCAACGACAAAGCCAAGGCACCUGGGGGGCCCUGGCUCCACCCUUCAGGCAGCAUCAAGUGCCUCUCCUCAGAGUUCAACUGGGAAGAGAAGCCAAGCAAGGGGAAGUGCAUGAAGUCUACCAACAGUGGCUCUUUCACUGGGGAGACCAAGGGUGGCUUCGUCCCACGCAUGGAGGCUGAGAGCCCCUACUCAGAGCCAUGUGACACCCUCCAGUGGACAGACUCCGGUCGCCCCAGUGCAGCCAAGAACAAGGGGACUGAGGGGAGAGGGGCCCCGGAUUCAGACUAUGCUGUGCCCUUUGACACCAUUGCCAAGUCCUUUAUGGGUUCUGACUUCAACAGCUUCCUCAGCAGCUUGGAGAAGACAUCAAAACCCACUCUGUACCCACUGUACCACAGCAUCAAGGAGGCCAGUGGGAAGAACCAGAUCACGCCACCUGUGCCCCCUGCCAGAGCCAAGCCUGACCACAUCUACGAUGAGCCGGAGAGUUUGUCUCUCCACAUGGUGUAUGACGAGCCUGAGGAGGUCAAAGGCGAGGCCUGGAAGCUGCAGGCAAUGGCAGAGGACCCCACUGGCCAUGAGUACCCCUACAGCUCCCAGCGGGAUGACUACUCAGUGCCCAAGAGGGCUGUGUCCAGCAUGCGCCAGGUCCCAGGGCAGGGGAAGGAGUGGCUUGGGGACACCGACUAUGACAAUGUGGCCCUGAGGUUCACCAAAAAGAAGAGCUUGCAGUGAAAGGAGAGAGGAGAGAAGGGAGCAGAGACUUCCCAGGUUUCACUUGUCCCUGCCCUCCAGUGGUGCCAGCUCCCCAGCUCCGGCGAGGGCCUGACGGUGGCAUUCUUCCGAGCCUUUGCUUUGUACAUGGUCCUCAAGGGGAAAGUUGAGGCUGCCAAACUUAUCUCGCUAGUGACUGAAGGCCUGGCUCUGCAGCAGAGGGGCAUGGUCCUAGUGCCCUUUACUGCGUAUUAAGGGCAGGGACCAUGCCUUACUGAGUACAGGACUGAGCACACAGGUGGCAGCUAACAUAUAACAACCCUCUCAGAUCCUAGUAAUCCCCAUCCCUUUUCCAGGCACCUCUAUUAAACACAGCUUGUAAAUCA